UUCUGUUUCCUCUAAAGUUUAUGUAAAUCCUUUUCUGUUAAUUGAUUCUAUCAAGCUCGCCUUUGAUGAACCUUCCUACAUCUUCUACUUUACCAAUGGGAGAUUUCUUCUUCAUACAUUCAGCAAUUUCUGAAAAUUGAAUAGCUCUUUCUACCGGGGUAUCAUCCAUUUUUGGAAGGAAAAUGAUGGAUUUACCUCAUAGCUUCUAGUCGUAAUGAAGCCGGAAAUGUCUGAGGAGCUCAGAAGGCGACAUACUCUGGUAUAUCAUCUAAGUUCUAAUGCUUAUAUGUUCCCGGAAUCGAGCUGUCUUAUUGAAUUUAGUACUGGUUUCAAUAACACUGAAUAUAAUAUGAUGCUCUUUAAAGAUAUCUCUCAAUUUUCUUUAGAAUGAAGAAGCUUCACUAAAUUUCCAAGGAAGGUAAUUGAUUCAAUGAUGAUUCUGCCAACUGAAGAAGAGAACACUUUAGAAGUAAUAAUGUUCCUCACUUCUUUCAGACGUCUUUCUCCUGCAUAAUAUUCUGUUUCUUAAAUUUUUGUUAAGAGUAAUUAAAAAAUGGUGGACUCAACUGAAACUUUGCCUUCUCCUUCUUUGAAUUAGAUUUCUCCCAUCUCUAAAAGAGCAUAGGGAAAGAUAUUAGUGUUGAUAUAAAGCAUGUAAUCAUUAGAGUUUACCUCGCUGGGCUUCUUAAUAACAGAAGCUAAUUUAUUAUAAAGUUUUCUCAAUCUAAAAUUCGAGAAAGAAUUUGGGUUGUACCCAAAUGCAAGGUUGCCACCUUGCAUUGAGGUCUAGUAAUUUAUUUCCUUCAUGAUCAUGGAGGAAAUUUCCUCUGACAAUCUUGUAAUGAAAUAAAUCACCUGCAGAGUUCUCUUGAAGAGAACCUUGAGGUCAUUUAUUGUCCCGUUUGGAAUAACUCCCAGUCUAGUCAGCAUUGACUACUAUGAGGUUCCAGUGACAUAAUUACUGGAAGUCCAAGUUUUUGGAUAUAAAGCUGGUGACUUUUCUCACAAACCUUCCAAAUGUUCUGGUUGAAUUGCCU